CAAAAACUGAGCAUUGUCCGGCUAUCGUCCGUGUACCGCCAGUCAGUUGUGUCACAACUAUCGUUCAGAGUGUUACCGUCUUCCUUCCGUCGAAAGUUAGUCUAAGAUCAACAUUUAAAUUUCAGAAACACUCAACGAUUUCGGCUUUUACAGUGAAACAGUUUCAUUUUCAAUAGAAAACUAACUAAAACGAAAUAUGUCCGACCAGCAGGGAGACGACGGCAGCGAGUGGAGAAAAUCGUUGCCCGGACUCUCUGGGUCGGAUAAUCCGCUGUGUACGCCAAAGCAGAUCAAAAACUUAACUUUGGACGAAUUGCGCCGGGACGAGAGACUUUGGAUUGCGUACGAGAGGGGUUGGUGUGAUUUGUUGCAGUCAUUCAUGAACAUGCAGCUGAUGCAGUCAGAAACGUCAUAUAUGUUGCCUGAACUCACACGGCCUGGGAUACUGGAUCCCACAAAUGCUGCAGCUUCCAGUGCAGCUGACGCAGCAGCGAAUGCAUCUAAUCCGGAGAGUACUUUGAGUGACGAUCCGGUGAAUGCAUUACCUGCAUCAAAUGUGAUUACCAAGUCGAGUACAUCAGGUACUGUGCAUAUAUCGGGUGCAGUGGCAAGUGCAACUGUGCCCGAAAACGGUUCGCCUAAACGGAUUGACGUUCGCGCUCUCGCGUCACGUAUAAAGCGGACUUACAAAUAUGCUGAUGUUCGUCUGUGCGAAUUCCAAGGACUUGGGCCACAUGAUGUACAACAAGAGUUGUCAGAAAACGGUCCCCACGAAUCCGGAGUGAUUAGGGACUCAGGUGUGACUGAACAGCUGUCAGCGAUCAGGAUCAAAAUUACGACACCGGAAGCAACAGAGUUCGAACUCACCGAUAUAUUCGGCGACGACGAGAAACCAAACGCUGACAACGAGUAGUUUCUGUCUGCUAAAAAAUCGAUAUUAAACAAUAUAAUAUUAUAAUAAAUAGUUAUUCUGUAUUCAUAAACAUUAUAAUCAAGACUUGGAAGUUAUAGCACCAAAAUAGUUACUUUUUAGCACUUUAAUAUACAUUUAGGACUUAAAAAUGCCAAGAUUAGGUUAGUUAAAUAUCACUUAAAAUUGAGAAAUAUGAUAAAAUAUUAUGAUAAAAUACAAAUUUAUAAAAAACCCGAACCGAUAAACAUUUUUACUUAUAUUUUUUUUAAAUACUCUUGUUCUCUUAUCUCUUUUGUUUACUUUUAGUUUUAUAAUAUUUUCAUAUAUUUGUCCGUAAUUAUAAGAUAGAUUAUAAUAUUGGUACUCACUACACAGAGACUGUAGUCUCUAUAGUGGUUUCAUUACUACUACUAGUUGUUCUAUACAUUUCCAUUUAUUUCAAUUGUUUGUUUUAGACAUGUUAAAUGAGUAAAUAUUAAAAAAAAUGUGUUUGAUUUCUUUUUUAUAUGAGAUGAUACAUAAAAAUAAAACUUACAAUAAAUUCUCAAUGGACAAAAUUUUAAACAAUAACGCAUUAUAGAUGUUCUAAAAGUUAAGAAUUUUCAAAAAAAAAAAAAAAAAUACACAGAUGCUAUAACUUCCGAGCCCUGGAUUUAUUAUAUUAUAAUUAUAACGAGUAUAGAAUAUGUAGCUGUUCUUUUCGAAAUCCCGGUGUCAUUUCAUUAUUAUUAUUACAAUACCUAGUGUCUUCGACGCUACAGAAAUAUAUUAUUAGUAUUUGACAAACAUAUAUUAUAUAUCCAAAUUCCAAAGCGUAUUAUUAUUGUUAUAAUUAUUAUUAAUUAUAUUAUAUUAUUUUUAUUUUUUAUCGACAUAAUAAUAUUAUAUUACGCACAGUUCCACGUGCUGCAGCUCACACACGUAUUAUUAAGUGUAAUAAGUAUUAUAUGGUAUUAUAUGUCGUGUACAUUUUUCAAACUUUAUUAAAAAUAAACAUAACAAUAUUACUAAAAUGUAUUUAAUUGUAUUUAACCUACGAAUAAGUAUUAUAUUGUUGUGUAACAACA